ACGUGGAUCGCUACUCAAUCUUCCAGCAAGCCGAGUUGUUGCGUUCAACCGUCGCAAAGUCGCAAUCAUGGAACAACAGGCGCACAAACCCCAUCGCAAAUCGAAAGAGAAGAAGAAGCCAACUGGAGAUCACAAUCCCAAGGCCUUCGCCUUCUCGAGACCCGGUAAACUACAACGAGCUGCUGCUCGAUCUCAUGAUAUCAAAGAAAAGCGACUUCACGUUCCUCUCGUCGAUAGGUUACCUGAGGAGCCGCCGCCGAGACUCGUAACAAUUGUUGGACCACCUGGCGUUGGAAAGACGACGUUGUUAAAGUCGCUCAUUCGCAGAUAUGCAAAGGAGACGAUCUCAGACCCCCAGGGGCCCAUUACCGUGGUCACAUCGAAGAAGCAACGGUUAACAUUCAUCGAAUGUCCCAAUGAGCUCGAAGCGAUGGUCGAUAUAGCUAAAGUUGCCGACAUCGUCCUCCUAAUGAUUGACGGAAACUUUGGCUUCGAAAUGGAGACUAUGGAAUUCUUAAAUAUCCUAGCCGCAACGGGUAUGCCCGGAAAUGUCUUCGGUAUUCUAACUCAUCUAGACUUAUUCAAAAAACCACAGGCCCUGAAAGACGCGAAGAAGAGGUUAAAACACAGGUUGUGGAGUGAAUUAUACCAGGGCGCACAUCUAUUCUAUCUAUCUGGUGUUAUUAACGGAAGAUACCCCGACCGCGAAAUUCACAAUCUUUCUCGUUUCCUUUCCGUCAUGAAAAACCCUCGACCUUUAAUAUGGAGGAAUUCGCACCCCUACGUUGUCAUAGACAGCUUUCGAGAUAUCACGCACCCCACUCAGGUUGAAGAGGACGAACAUUGCGAUCGAUCAAUUGUGCUCUCAGGAUACCUCCGAGGAACCAAUUUCUCGAGCCAUCAUCAAAAAGUCCAUAUUCCUGGUCUGGGUGAUUUCUCUGUGUCAAAUAUAGAAGCUCUACCUGACCCAUGUCCAACGCCAGCUAUGGAACAGGCAAUUGCGAAAGCGACCGGCAAAACUGGACGGAAGCGACUAGACGAAAAGGAGAAGAAGCUUCAUGCUCCCAUGUCAGAUCGAAGUGGUCUAAAAAUAGACGGCGAUGCCAUCUGGAUUACUAGGGAAAAGGGGUUUAAUUUCGAUAAAGAUGCCGAGGAUGUGGAGCGUGGCGAAGGUGAAGAACUUAUCAUCGGACUUCAAGGAGAAAGGCGGCUGCUAGGUCAGACAGAAGACGGCUUGCAACUUUUCCGAGGUGGUGAGAAGAUAACCAGUAUCCCUGAGGAAGAAGAUACUGGAAGGAAAAGCCAACGAAAUGCCAGGUUUGCCGCGCGAGAUGAGGAUGAAGAGGAGAUGUCCGAAGACGAAGGCUUCGUUAGUGGAGAGGAAGAAUUGAAUUCGGAUGAAGAGCCCGAGUUUAAUGAGCAAAAACUGGGCAAAAUGUUCAAGCAGUCAGAGAAGGACGGCGAAGAAGAAGAUAUCGCAUUUGCGGACAGCGAUUCAGAUCUAGGCUCUAUAUCAGGCGAUGAGCCGGAAGAUGAAGACGACGAUGAAGAGGAUGAAGAGGAGGACGAAUACGAUGACGUAGAGGAAUCUGCGCUCAGGUGGAAGGAUGACUUGGCCGGAAAGGCACUGCUUCGCCAUGGCGGUCGUCCGUCCUACCGAACGGCAGAUCUCGCACGCCUGAUGUAUGACGAGGCUUUGACGGCUGAGGAGGUGCUAAAGAGAUGGAAAGGAGAAGUCGAUGCAGAAGAGGAGGAAGAAAACAUUGAAGAUUCCGAGGACGAAGAUUUCUUUAAAAAGGCAAAAAAUGCGGAAGACGCAAGCUCAGAAGACCGCGCGAUACCCUUGUACGAUUAUGAUCAGUUGGCUGCCAAAUGGACACUCGACGAUAAUAUCGAGCACCUUCGCCAACGCUUCACAACAGCAAAGCUUGGCGGAGAUGAGGACGACGAAGAUGGGUUUGACGGGUUCGACAAUGAGGAUGGGGAUGAAGAUGAAGACGACGAGGGGGACGGUGAAUUUGAAGAUCUUGAGACUGGUGACCAGCACAAGGCCGAACCAGCGCCCGAGCCAGCAGAGAGCCUAGAAGCAGAGCGCGAAAGGAACGCUCGGAGAAAAGAAGAGUUGAAGCUACGAUUUGAGGAGGAAGAUCGUGAAGGGUUUAAAAACGAUAAAGCUCAAGCUAGGCGCGAAGGCGGAGACGAAGAGGAGUUCGGUGAAGACGAUUGGUAUGAUGCGCAAAAGGCACUCAUUCAAAAGCAACUUGACAUCAAUAAUGCCGAGUUUGAAGCUUUAGACGAACGGCAAAGAGUCGCCGUUGAGGGUUUCAAGGCUGGCAAGUAUGCUAAGAUUCUGAUUGAAAAGGUGCCUGCGGAGUUUGUUACGAAUUUCAACGCUCGCAUGCCUAUCAUAGUCGGAGGUGUGCUUGCUACAGAAGAUCGAUUUGGCUUUGUCCAGUGCCGUAUCAAGAGGCACCGCUGGCACAAGAAAAUUCUCAAAACCAACGACCCCCUCAUUUUCUCUCUUGGAUGGAGGAGAUUCCAGACACUCCCAAUCUAUAGCAUUUCGGAUUCUCGCACGAGGAAUCGUAUGCUGAAAUAUACGCCAGAACACAUGCACUGCUUCGGUACAUUUUACGGCCCUCUAAUCGCGCCCAAUACAGGCUUUGUCUGUUUCCAGUCCUUUUCAUCUGCCAACCCAGGCUUCCGGAUUGCCGCCACUGGGACAGUCUUGUCUGUUGACGAGUCGACUGAGAUUGUGAAGAAGCUCAAACUUACUGGUGCGCCAUACAAAAUAUUCAAGAACACAGCAUUUAUCAAGGAUAUGUUCAACAGCUCGUUGGAAAUAGCCAAGUUUGAAGGCGCGGCGAUCAAAACCGUUUCGGGUAUCCGUGGUCAGAUCAAGCGUGCUCUAUCCAAGCCCGAUGGGCACUUCCGAGCCACCUUCGAAGACAAGAUCCUGAUCAGCGAUCUGGUAUUCCUCCGCGCGUGGUACCCCAUCAAGCCGCACCGGUUCUACAACCCGGUCACCAACCUCCUCGGCAACUGGCAGUCGAUGCGGUUGACGGGUGAGGUACGGCGGGACCAGGGGAUCGCAACGCCGCAGGACAACAACAGCAAGUACCGGCAGAUCGAGCGAGCGACGCGACACUUCAACCCGCUCAAGGUUCCGCGCGCCCUAGCGGCCGAGCUGCCGUUCAAGUCGCAGAUCGUGCAGACGAAGCCGCAGAAGCGCAAGACGUACAUGCAGAAGCGGGCAGUGGUGCUGGGCGGCGAGGAGCGCAAGGCACGCGACCUGAUGCAGAAGCUGACGACGAUCCGCAAGGACGUGGUGGCCCGGCGCCGGGCGAAGAAGGAGGAGAAGCGGGCCGAGUUCAAGAAGAAGAUGGAGGAGAUGAACGAGAAGAAGGAGGCCCGGGAGCGGAGGGAGAAGCAGGAGUUCUGGCGCAAGGAGGGCAAGAAGAGGAAAGGCGACGGAGAGGGAGCUGGGGGCGGAGGUGGAGGAAAGAGGAGGAGGUGAUUAUCCCAUGUACAUUUAUGAUAUCAGUGAUUUACCUCAUAAGAUUAUAAUAUUUAUACCUCCGAGGUAUGUACGUGCAGGCUAACGGGGCCGAGUUGGCCUAGAGGAGGCUGUCGGAUUAGCUACCUAAUAACUACCUACCUACCACAA